UAUCUGCAACACAAAAAUCACGUCGUGCAAAACCAAAAUAGCUGAAAUAACUCUACAAUAAUCGUUGGAGUUGUAACAGUCUUUGAACUAUUCGGAACUAUUUCGCACCAGAGAGCCACUAGUGACUAACCGGUGCGAUGUACCGGACAAAAUGAUUUUAUUCUUACACUGUUCCUUUACCCGCGGGCUGAAUAGAGCUUCGUUUUUCCAAUAGACGACAAAAGAAGCCACAACCUAGAUACAGCCUCCAUCGACUCCACUCUGUGUACCAGUGGUCCGUAUUGGCACUAGCCAAAUGCCCGAACGAAAUACCCGUGACAAAUAAAAGCACCGGCCAACCAACCGCCCCAGAGACUUCGCAUGAUCGAUGAGGUGGAGGGAUAUCGAGUACCAUCCUGGAAUAAUAGUUGGUAUAACCAAGAAGCGUACUGCGUCCGUACGUAUUUGCGGAUGACACGUAUAACGCGACACUCCGAUGCGAAUAGGGGGAGUUACUGCGGACGGUAAUGGGUCUAUUAGGCUGUCUCAUUUAAUAACAACGAAUCCGGCUUCCCUCGCAUUGCAUUACUUACAUCGGGUGGCAUUAGAUAGGUCUACUAGAAGAGGGGGAGACCAAACCUCGGGUGAGAGGGGUUCGCGGACGAGAGCGCUGCGUCGAGAGGCCGUUUACCAUUUGAUUAGGCCUCAAACUCACUCCAGCUCUACGCACCUCGAGGGCGAGACAUCUGACAUCGGACAAUAUUACAUUUCCAUGCAUAUUAUCAACGCGAUUAAGUAUUCACUGCUGACAUAAAUGAACCUAAAAG